AUGGACGCAGGGACGCUGGGUUGGUUUGAAGAGGAGCUCGAUGCCAGCGAGUGCGCCUCCGUGAAACGUCUUUUUCUGGAUAGACGGACACUUGAGCAGGAUGAGGGCAGCGAGUUCCCGCGUCUCCUGUGGAUUUGUCGCAUCAUUGCUGCGGACCACCGUGUACUGUGGGAGCACCUUUCUUCUUCAUUUACGGAGGAUUUCAAACAGCCCGUGGAUCCCUGGAACGAGCAGUUGGCGGUGAAGCUGCUGCGAUUGCGGAUUGAUGUCAUGAGUGACGCCGUAGCCGCGUCUCGGUUGCGUGAGGAGCUUGACGAGCAUCUGACCACCACACUGAAACCAGCCACUGCAACACCACAUGUCGGCUCGCAAAUUGUGGCGAAGGGAGCCGACAUGUGUUCUUAUGUCGUGUGCCCCGCCGCACCCGGCGUGGAGGGUUCACUGGUUUGCAACGCUCCACUACCAGCGUUUGGUGAUCUUUUGCGUGUACCUCGCGAAAGAAUGUUUUUUAUCGAUACAGUUGUGCAAUACUGUGACUUGGGGCGAGUUGUCCAUGCAUCUGGCGAACUGUCGAGCAUGAUUUCUGGCGAUGAACCACUUUUAGUUCUUUCGCUUAUCUAUGAACGGUAUGUGGCGGAAACAUCGCACUGGAAUGAGCUGCUGUUCUCGUGCCCCGGCGAGUACCCCAAUGUCCCAACUUUCUGGGAUUGGGAAGAUCUUGCAGAGCUGGAGGGCCUUGACGUGCUAGAUGACGUGCUAGCUAAGAAGGCACAGUUGGCGCAGUUUCAGACAGAGACAAUGGCGGUCUUGCCUUUCAUCCACGAGGCUCUUGCGGGAAGCUGCAGGCUUGGAAAGGAUGAAUUUCUUGAAUGCUUCUCUAUUGAGGCGAUGAUGUGGGCCCGUACAACGUUUGACUCUCGCGCCUUUAAUUUAAAUGUGGAUGGACGCGUCGUAAUUGCUUUGGUGCCCGUCGCAGACAUGAUUAACCAUCACAACCGCAGUGAUGUGUUGGUGCGAAAGGUGGAACCCAACGGGGGGGAUUUUGUAAUGCAGAUAGGGGCAAGUUUGACCGCCCAGGAUAUUGGUCGGGAAAUAUGGAUGAGUUAUGGUCCGCUGCAGAACUGGGAGCUGUUGCAGUUUUACGGGUUCGUAGUGGAGGGAAAUGAACACGAAAGAUUGCCGUUUCCCUUUGAUUUUCCGGAAGGUGCCGUUGGUGAUGAGUGGGACGGGCGGCGGGCCGCACUAGUGGCGACGUAUGGACUGCACCUUGCGGGUUGCUGCUGGAUAUGUCAUGACGGCCGCCCACCGCCUGCACUUGUGGCCCUUUUGCGCGUGCAUUUGGCGGAGGCGGAGGAAUUUGACACGAUGGAGCGCAACGGUCCAUUUGCGAGUUUGGGCGCCGGGACGGAGGCGCGGGUCGUUGCCACGAUAGCCGAUACCAUCCGGUGCAUUCUCGACCUCUUCAGCACCUCGUUGGAGGAGGAUGAACGGCUACUGGAGAACGGCAGCGGCCCCGUGGCGACACAUGCCGGCGACGACGGCAACACCCAGCCGCUUUCGUGCAACAAGCGGUUGGCCAUUCUUCUUCGCGUGGGAAUGAAGCGUAUUGCCCAUUGCUCGCUGGAGUGGUGCAACGCCGCUGCAACCGCCAUUGUUGCGCAGACGGAGGCUGCAGCCGGGAGUGCUCUCAACGAGUAA